UCGCCAUUCCUGCAGCGCGCUUGCCAGCAAGUCACAAGUGUCCCUGCCGACCAACCACCAGGAAUUAACCACAAGUGGAGUUAAAGACGCGGACGAGGGCCGGCCGGGGGACGCCAUUGCCGCCCUCCUCCAUCUCCUCCUCAUCCUCCUCCUUGGCUUCAACUCCACUCCUCGCAUGCUUGCUUUCCAACCCAAGGGAUAACUAACCGCCCGUCCAAGCGCCUCCACACACGUACGUCCCAACUGCACCGAGCAAGAACAGCAACUAGUGGAGGACGACGUCGAUCUGUCCAUCGCCCAUGGGGAAGCUUAGGUACUACUGCUCCUGCUAAUCACAUGCGUAUGCGCACACACACUUGGGCAAUGCCGCCAUUAAUACUGCUCCGAGCUUUCUCCAGCCAGUUUCUAUAUAUACGCACAAGAACAUGGCGCUGGCUUCUUGCCUCUCAUCUCUCUCGCUCUCGUAUGCAUGCGUUCGCCUGUGUCUGUCUGAAGCUGCAGGAGCCUCUGCUGCAUGGGCCCUCCGUCGCCGGCCGGCGCCGGCGCCGUCGACGCCACCGACGGCGUCAGGGUCAAGGUCAGCAACCGAUAUGUUGAGAUAAAAAAUGGCAUCUUUGAGCUGACGCUGUCCAACCCGGACGGGAUCGUGACCGGCGUGCGCUACAAUGGUGUGGAUAAUCUCAUGGAGAUCCUUAACAAGGAAGACAACAGAGGGUACUGGGACCUUGUUUGGAACCCACCAGGACAGAAAACCGGCAUCUUUGAUGUGAUCAAAGGCACUGAGUUCCGCAUCAUAUACCACGAUGAAAACCAGGCUGAGGUCUCCUUCACCAGAAAUUGGGAUCCUUCCCUUGAAGGCAAAGCUGUCCCCUUGAACAUCGAUAAGAGGUUCAUCGUUCUCCGGGGUUCUUCAGGAUUCUACACCUAUGGAAUCUAUGAGCAUAAGGAAGGAUGGCCUGACUUUGGCUUGGGAGAGACGAGGGUGGCUUUCAAGCUCCGGAAAGACAAGUUUCAUUACAUGGCAUUGGCUGACAACAGGCAGAGAAUUAUGCCAAUGCCCGAUGACCGACUGCCUCCCCGAGGCCAGCCAUUAGCAUACCCUGAGGCCGUGCUCCUUGUGGACCCAAUCAAUCCUGAUCUCAGAGGGGAGGUUGACGACAAGUACCAGUACUCUUGCGAGGACCAGUGCAACAAUGUCCAUGGAUGGAUGUCAUUCGAUCCUCCCAUCGGCUUCUGGCAGAUCACUCCAAGUGAUGAGUUCAGGACAGGAGGACCCCUGAAGCAGAAUUUGACCUCUCAUGUUGGCCCCACUACGCUGGCUAUGUUUCUUAGCGCACAUUAUGCGGGGGAUGACCUUUCACCCGUGUUUACGAAUGGAGAAUACUGGAAAAAGGUCCAUGGACCGGUAUUCAUGUACCUUAAUUCCAGUUGGGACGGAAGUGACCCAACUAUGCUCUGGGAGGAUGCAAAAGUUCAGAUGAUGAUUGAGAAAGAAAGCUGGCCAUAUAGUUUCGCACUUUCAGAGGAUUUUCAGAAGACUGAGCAAAGAGGUUGCAUCUCUGGUAGAUUACUAGUUCGAGACAGGUAUAUAGAUGAUGAGGACCUUUAUGCCUCCGGAGCCUAUGUAGGCUUGGCCCUACCAGGAGAAGUUGGAUCCUGGCAAAGAGAGUGCAAGGGAUACCAAUUCUGGUGUAGAGCAGACGUAGAUGGGAGCUUCUACAUAAGGAGCAUUGUAACUGGGAACUACAACCUGUAUGCAUGGGUUCCCGGUUUCAUAGGGGACUACAGAUUAGAUGCUACACUGACCAUAGCUUCAGGGGAUGAUAUUUAUCUGGGUGACCUUGUGUAUGAACCACCAAGAGACGGUCCGACGAUGUGGGAGAUUGGAGUACCUGAUCGAUCUGCCGCUGAGUUCUAUGUCCCAGACCCUAACCCCAACUAUAUCAAUAGACUGUACAUCAACCACCCUGACAGGUUUAGGCAAUACGGACUUUGGGAACGAUAUGCAGAACUAUACCCAGACAGUGAUCUGGUGUACACAAUCGGCCAGAGCGACUAUAGCACCGAUUGGUUCUAUGCUCAAGUUAACAGAAAAGUUGAUGACAACACUUACCAACCAACUACAUGGCAAAUCAAGUUCACUCUUGACAGUGUGAGUCCAGGCAGCACCUAUAAGUUCCGAGUGGCGCUUGCGUCUUCGGCACGCGCUGAGUUGCAGGUUUUCUUUAACGAUCAGAACAGGGGUGUUCCUCACUUCGCCACCGGGCUGAUCGGCAGGGACAACGCCAUAGCAAGACAUGGGAUCCAUGGGCUAUACUGGCUGUUCAACAUCAAUGUGGAUAGUGCCUGGCUUGUCCAAGGGAUGAACACAAUCUACCUGAAGCAGCCCAGGAACCAGAGCCCAUUUCAGGGGCUGAUGUAUGACUACUUGCGUUUAGAGGGACCGUGUGGCUGCUAAUCUAUUGUACAACAACUAACUAAUGGUACGUGUAAUUGAGUUGCUAGUUGAUGUGGAAAUACAACCGAACUCCCUCCGUCCCAAAUUGUAGGUCAUUUUGGUAUUUUUACAUUAAUAGAUUUUGCUAUGUCCAGAUGCGUAGCAAAAUUUAUGAUCUACAAUUUGAAACGGAGGGAGUAUUAUACUGGAGUUGUAUAGCUUAGGCUAGUUGAUGAACUAUCUCAUUUAGCCGUGCAGCUGGUGCUGACCAUUCAGUCUAAGCUGAGUAGCUGACCUAGCUUGCCUUACCUAGUUUCUGUACGUGUCAAUGCAAGUAGAAUUGCAGUGAAGCUAAGUACGUAUACGUAUUAUGUACUAUUCAGUGGUAUAUCCAUCCUCUGUUUCUAUU